AUGGCUGCCCUCAAUAAGAUCGCAUCAACGAGUCCUUCGAGGCAAACGCCUUCUGAGCUCGAGACCAGCAUCGCAAACGCCCUUUAUGACCUGGAGUCAAAUAUUCCGGACAUGAAGACCGCGCUGAGGCCUCUGCAGUUCGUUUCUGCUCGUGAGCUCGAAGUGGGCCACGGCAAGAAAGCCAUCGUCAUCUUCGUCCCCGUGCCCCUCCUCCCCGGCUUCCACAAAGUCCAGCAACGUCUCACACGCGAACUCGAAAAGAAGUUUUCCGACCGCCACGUCCUCUUCCUCGCCUCGCGCCGCAUCCUCCCCCGCCCGAAACGGUCCAACCGCUCGCGCACCUCGCAGACCCAAAAACGCCCCCACAGCCGUACCUUGACCGCCGUGCACGAUGCCAUCCUGAGCGAUGUGGUGUACCCGGUCGAGAUUGUGGGGAAGCGGACUCGGACGAGGGAGGACGGGAGUAAGGUGUUGAAGGUGGUGUUGGAUGAGAAGGAGAGGGGUGGGGUGGAUUACAGGCUUGAUACGUAUGCGGAGGUGUAUCGGAAGUUGACGGGGAAGGGGGUCGGGUUUGAGUUCCCGUUGGGAGGGCCUGCUGAGUACUAG